AUGGCCAUAACAACCCUGGUUCUUGUUUGGACCCUAAAGUUCCGCGGUGGCUUCGCUCUCGAAUCCGGCAUCGAAGAGAAAAUUUUGAAUGUUCAUACGUUUCUAAUGGUGGUCGGGUUUAUUUUGAUCGGUGGAGAAGCAAUCAUGGCAUACAAGACAGUCCAAGGGACAAGGAACACACAAAAAGGGGUGCACGUGAUAUUGCAUCUUCUAGCUCUGGCGGCUAUAAUUUUUGGGUUUUACUGUGCUAUCCAGUUUAAUCACGAAUCCAGAGUUCCACAUUUUCUUACCUUACACUCCUGGCUCGGCAUAACAACCAUCUCUUUAUUUGGUAUUCAGUACUUGUUUGGCUUCGUGUUCUAUGUGUUUCCGGGUGGAGACAUGUCGUCGAGGGGAAAUUUUAUGCCAUGGCACACAUUUUUUGGGAUGGUGAUAUUUCUUCUAGCAGUGUGCACGGCUGAGACAGGGUUAAUGGAGAGGUUCUUUUUCUUGGCCGUAGUAAAAAUUAAUCAAGAAGUUCUUAUAGUCAACUUCACUGGUCUUUUGCUCUUUCUCUUCGCAGCCACCGUCAGCCUCACCGUCCUCCUCCCUCGGCUUUAUUAACUAAUACCAACCAGUCAUCUUUACCUUAGUAUAUUUUUCUUAUUAAAUUUUUGUUUUGAGACGAAUUAUUUUUGCUGUUGUUUUGAUAGAGCAUUAUAUUUACGCGUAGAACGAGAGAAUUAAUAUCAGUAGGUUGUAGUGCUAAGUAUUAAUACAUUUCUACUUCCGUAAAAAAUUUGUUGAGCUGGAUGGCUAUUUGUAUACUUAAAUUAAUAAAGCAAAAGAUGAACAUUCAAGUAAGUUUAUUGUCAUCUUACUUUGUAUCUGUCAAAGUGUAG